AUGUGGAUUUUCGGAAGAAAAGGGGCAUCUGGGUUUUCAGCCUCCUCAACGGCUGAAGAAGUUGUUCGAGGAAUUGAUGGCUCUGGUCUUACGGCCAUCGUUACAGGAGCUUCAAGUGGCAUUGGAACAGAGACCACCCGAGUCCUUGCAUCGUGCGGAGUUCAUGUGAUUAUGGCAGUUCGUAAUGUGGAAAGUGGUAAAAACGUUAAAGAGACAAUAAUUAAAGAGAUACCUAAUGCUAAAAUCGAUGUCAUGGAACUCGAUCUUGGCUCUUUGGCAUCUGUCAGGAAAUUCGCAUCAGAAUAUAACUCGUCUUCUCUUCCAUUAAACCUCCUCAUUAAUAAUGCAGGGGUUAUGGCUCCUCCAUUCACGCUUUCCCAAGACAACAUAGAGUUGCAGUUUGCAACUAACCAUCUAGGUCAUUUUCUUCUGACCAAUCUUCUACUGGAUAAGAUGAAACAGACUGCACGAGAGGGCCAGAAAGAAGGAAGAAUUGUCAAUGUUUCAUCAGACGGUCAUCGUUAUGUAUAUCGUGAAGGCAUUCGUUUUGAUAAAAUAAAUGAUAAAUCCAGGCAAGUUGUGGAUAAUUACUACAGCAUUUUGGCUUAUGGACAGUCAAAGCUGGCGAACAUAUUGCACGCUAAUGAACUAGCGAGGCGCUUAAAGGAAGAAGGGGUCGACAUAACUGCUAAUUCACUACACCCUGGAGCAAUUGCUACUAACCUCCUGAGGCAUCAUGGCAUCAUUGGUGGUGCACUUAAUUGGGUCGGUAAAUAUUUCCUGAAAAACAUCCCUCAGGGGGCAGCCACAACUUGCUAUGUGGCUUUGCAUCCGCAGGUUAAGGGAGUGUCGGGUGAGCAUUUUGCAGACAGCAAUCUUGGUAAAAUGAGUCAACUUGCCUCGGAUGCAGAAUUGGCCAAGAAACUAUGGGAUUUCAGCUUGAAUCUGACUGAGCCCAAGUGA